AUGAUGACGCUGCUGAAGAUGAAAGGAAAAGAAAGGGCCAGACCACCACUUACCUGUACGUUUUCUAUUCUUGUUGCCUGGAAAAAAAGUUCCCAAGUCGCAUUCCCCCAGUCCCAACAGUGUGGUCUUAUCGAAGGACGUUUCGUUAUCGAUCUCCAGGGGGGUAGGAGGAUCUACACCGGCCUUUCUUGUUGGUAUUUUUUGCUUUUUCCCCUGCAGUGGAUUGUGUUUUGGGAUUGUUCUGUUCGUGUCUUUUCCCAAGAAGUUGGGGAAGGAUUGCUUUUGUUGAAUUUGGUUAUUUUACAAAACUUUGCUUUUGUGAACAGGAAACUUCACGCCCCCGUUCAAUCUUCCACCGUCGUGAUUGGUUCACACGUCACCAACAGCGCCUCUUCGGUCGGUGCUGAUUCGUUCCGUACUCGUUCCUAA